AUGUCCGAACGCUACAGCUUCAGUUUAACUACCUUCAGUCCAUCCGGUAAACUUGUACAAAUUGAAUAUGCUUUAGCAGCAGUUGCUGCCGGCAGUCCCUCCAUUGGUAUUAAAGUUGCCAAUGGUGCCGUUUUAGCCACGGAAAAAAAAUAUAAAUCUCAACUAUACGAUGAAAAUAGUACUCAUAAGGUCGCUAGAAUAACUGAUAAAAUUGGUAUGGUGUACAGUGGAAUGGGACCCGAUUAUAGGGUUCUGUUACGUAAAGCUCGUAAAUUGGCCCAGGAAUAUCAAAUGAAGUACCAAGAUUCUAUUCCAACGUCACAAUUGGUAGAAAAAGUUGCAUCAGUCAUGCAAGAAUAUACUCAAUCCGGUGGUGUAAGGCCUUUUGGUGUAUCUCUUUUAAUGGCUGGAACUGGUGAUGAAGGGCCAUAUCUUUAUCAGUGCGAUCCAUCGGGUGCAUUCUUUGCUUGGAAAGCUACAGCUCUUGGAAAAAAUCAUGUUAAUGGUAAAACAUUCUUAGAGAAACGGUAUAACGAAGAAAUGGAACUAGAAGAUGCUAUCCACACGGCCAUUUUAACGUUAAAGGAAAGUUUCGAUGGUCAAAUGACAGAAGACAACAUUGAAAUUGGAGUGGUUAAUUCUAGUGGCUUUAAUCGACUAUCACCAUCCGAAGUAAAAGAUUAUUUAGCCACUAUCUAAAUUUAAAAAAAAACUAGGUAUUCUUAUUGUAUUUGUACUAGUGUAAUAACUGAUUAAUUACCAAUGAUAUAACAUAAAGGUUGUCAACAUUUAUUGUUGAAUACUGUUUGACGUUACCUAUUCAUACAAACUGUGUUGUCUUUUUUCAAGAUUUUUGAUGUUAGGAGUUUUUAAUAUAAUGCUGGAAGGGCUACUGACUCAAAAUUCUUAACAUGUUAUCAAAAUACAGCAAAUUUUAUUUGUUUCUUACUGUUUUUGGACUCAUUUGUAC